GAAAAUAUCGAUACUCUCGCUACAGCUUUCAAUAAAACAGCAGCACAUCUGGUCAAUAAAAUCAAAUUUUUCAUCCAUGCUGAUAAUGUCAAGACAAACUUCAAAUUAAAGAACAUUGUCGGAUUCACAGACACACGAGAAAAUUAUCGGCCAUUUCAUGUAUUAAAGUACAUCGCUGACAAUUAUGUCGAAGAUUACGAUUUUUUCUAUCUUAUUGAGGACGCUGCUUAUUUAAAUGCAAAAACUUUAGUAGAACAAUUGUCGCACAUUAGCAUGAGUUUUGACCUUUACAUGGGUACAAAGAUUGAAGAUCGCGAAGAAAAAUAUUGCGAUCUAAGAGCUGGAAUAGUCUUUAGUAGUAGUAUCAUAAAGAAGAUACAAAAAAAAUUGGACAGUUGUGUAAGAGGAGCUGAUGGUAAUCAUCACAGUUUAAAUAUUGGAAAAUGUGUUGAAAUGGCAGCAAACAUUAAAGAGUGUCAAGAGUCGUUUCAAGGCGUAACAAUUUCAAGUUAUUCAUUGUCAAAUCAUAAAAUCUAUCGUGAUUUACAUCAACUACGAAAAGAUCCAUUUUUUAACACUUCAACAAGUAUUUUUCCAGUGACAACAACUGAUGACAUUUACAUUCUUCACGCUUAUUUUUCAAGACUUCACUUGGAAGCUGUUCAGUCAAGAAUUAAAAGUUUGGAACGAGAAGCUCAAAAUGUUGGAAAUGGAACAGUUGCAAAAAAUGUUUUAGAAGUUCAUUGGCCACUUGGUGUUCCAAAUUCAGUUAAACCAGCAGUUCGUCACGAUAUGUUAGUUUGGACACAUCUGAAUCUAACUCAUAGUUUUAUGGGCGAUGAAGGAGUAAAUGUGAAGCCAUUAAAUAAAAUCGACUCACAAAAUAUAAAAAAAAUUCUUGAUGGAAUUCUCAAUGAAGUUGGUAAGAAAUAUCCAGAAUUGAUCUAUGAAAGUCUUCAAUCAGCUUACAUGAAAUUCGAUACUGUCAGAGGAAUGGAUUAUCGAAUUCAUCUCAACUUCCGUGAUUCUAAUGGUGAACUUGUUUUGAAGGGUUUCGAAGUUGUGAAACCAAUUUCACUUAUUCAAAUCAUCCCAAGUCCUUACGUUACUGAAUCUACAAGAAUUGCGAUGAUUGUUCCAACAUUUGUUCAUCGAAUCGAGGAAACGAUGAAUUUCAUAAAGCGCUAUGAAGAAAUCUGCAUGCAGAAUAAAGAUUCAACGACACUCAUGUUAGUUCUGCUGUAUAAUUCGAACGCUUCUAAUAAAGCUGAAUCUGAUGUGUUUUAUAAUUUAAAAAACUUUGCCAUUGAAACAUCAAAACGAAUCAAAACUGACGACUCUCGAAUUGCGUGGGUGUCAAUUCGUUUACCAUCUGAGUAUGAUUACACUUAUCAUGAGAGUGAUGAAAUGUUGAGUUCAAUGUACGCUAAUCAAGAAAUUUUAUCACUCGCUGCAACUGAUCUUGCAUUAAGAAAAAUUGGACUUGAAAGUCUCGUGCUUUUAUUCACGAAUGUAGCACAUUUUAAGAAUGAUUUUCUUAAUCGUGUCAGAAUGAAUACGAUUCAAGGUUUCCAAGUAUUUUCUCCGAUUGGCUUCAUGCAAUAUCCAUGCAAAUAUACAGCAUUGUGUAAUUCCUGUGAGAAUUGUGACGUGUCGCAGAGUGGUGGAUAUUUUGAUCGUCACAAUUAUGAUAUCAUCUCGUUUUACAGUCGAGAUUAUGUAGAAGCGAGAAAGAAACUUGAACCUUACGUUGCAAUUGUACGUAAAGAUGCUGACAUAAUUAAUCUUCAAUCUCGUCAAUAUCAAGACGUUACUCGAGUUAUCGACAUAUUUAUUCGUGCCAAAACUUCAGUUCAUCUUUUAAGAGCUGUUGAACCGACGUUGAGAUUUGGAAUUGGAUUAGAAAAGUUCUUGGAAGGUAAUCCUAAUGGACCAAUGCCAAAAUGUGAAUAUCAAAACACUUCGAUUGACUACAAAUGCAUUAAUCUUGCAUCACGAAAACAAUUAGGAGAAGCUGUUAUGUUGAUCGCACAAGCUAAUUAUUAAAUGUCUUCAUUUUCAUCAACUUUUCAAUGUUUAGUUUUAGUUAUCUUUCAAAACACUCAAAAUCCUUAGAAAUCAACUCAUAACUCAAGUGAUAGACGAACCAAUUAUAAUAAAAGUUUUAAAAAUUAUUUACCAAAUA